UUGGUAACUGUCGUGGGUGACUGUAUAGCAACCGGUUUCCUUGUACGAAUUACUUCUUGUAUGCUUGGCUAGCAUCGGAAGCACGUUUGGUGACGGUCCACGUGGCGAUUGGCAAAUCUGAUGACGCCACUGAGCAAACGGUUUCGGCAACGCGAUUAUUUCGAAGUACAGCCAUUUGACAAUUUCCCUUCCUCUUUAUAUAAUGUGCUUCUUUCCCUUCCCUGGCAUGGAAUAUUCUCAUCUGCCGUUCAUUCCAUUCUCUUCACUCUCUCCUCAGAUCUACUUCCCCUUCAACUCUCUUUCUCUCUCUCGCAUCGCAUCCAUGCCUUCUCAUUCUCUCAUACUCAAUCACCACCACCAUCUCUCUUUCCCUCUCCAUCACUCUCGCAAACGCCUCUCUCUCCCUCGAUCAUCAUCAGCCGUCCAUUACUCUUCCCCUUCCCACUUCGAUUGCGUCACUCUAAAGUUACGUCCGUUGAUUAUUCAUCAAUAUAACUGCUGCAUUCGACGUGAUGUUGUUUCUACGAGAGCCUUCGACGAUGUUCGUUCUUGCUUCUCUGGAAAUUUAUUUUAUUUUAUUUUAGUUUGACCGUGGCUUUACUCUUGCGAUUCUGUGUAAAACUCACUGGAGAUGCUUGAUGUCCUGAAACCAUAAUCUCUUAGUUUCUAAUUUUGAGUUUGAGACAGUUAUUUUCGAUCGUCUGGAGAAACGUAUCAACGAUAAAUGCUAACUACGUUGAGAAUUUGGUUAGAGGAUUCAUUUGAUAUGCCGAUUCUUGAUGAUUGGAAUGCUGAUGAGGCUUCUCCUGCAUACGUGUUCUCUUCCAGCGACGGGGAAGACAGUGAUGGUGAAGUUUUUUUGACUCCGGUGAAUGAUGUUGAUUUGCCUUCUGUUUCUGCAUCAGAUAAUGGUUCUCUGACAGUUGCUGCUCAUCGGUUUGCAACCCUUGGGAGGGGACAUAAGAAACAUAGGAUCAAACUUGGCAUUUUCAUCACUGUGGGGCUUAUAAUUGUCUUGACAUUACUGCUUUUGUAUGUGGAUUGGUGUGCAUGGAAAAUUGUCAGACUUCCCUUAUCACCGUUUUACUUGACCUGCCCAUUUCUCAUAUCAGCCAUUUUGGUUUCUUUUGCUGGCUAUGUUUGUGUUCCAAUUUUUCGUCGUUUUAAAAUUAUCCAUUUAAUCAAGCAACGGGUGCCUGUUAGACAUAGCCUGAAAAAGAGGACACCCACAUUGGGUGGUUUGUUUUUUAUACCUAUUGGUAUAACUGUUGCUCAUGUCAUUGCCGGUUCCUCAUCUAUAGAAGUGUCUGGGGCAGCUGGAGUAACUAUUGCAUUUGCUGCAGUUGGUUUACUUGGUGAUAUAUUAAGCCUCACCAAGAAUCAUUGGAGAGGUUUGCCUGCAUUGGCAGAAGUUCUUUUGGAGGUAGCUGUUGGAACGUGGUUUUCAUUUUGGUUGGACAUCACCAGUAUAUCUUCACCCUAUGGCAUGAAGAUGUUGAUUCCACUACCACUGGGCCUUGUGUACUUGGGACGAUAUUACCAACUCUUGACUUCAUUUUGUUUUGUUUCCAUGGGACAUGGCCUUAAAUUAGUUGAUGCCCUUGAUGGACUAGCUGGAGGUACUGCCGCAUUGGCAUUUAUUGGAAUGUCAAUAGCUGUGCUUCCAAUAUGUUCUGAUCUUGCUAUAUUUGGAGCUUCAAUGGCUGGAUCUUGUGUUGGAUUUCUUCUAUACAACAGAUACAAAGCAUCUAUAUUAAUGGGUAAUAUAGGAUCUUUGGCACUUGGUGGUGCAUUAGCUGCAAUGGCUGCAUGUACUGGAAUGUUCUUCCCCCUACUCAUUUCUUCUGGAAUUUUCAUGGUUGAGUCAUUAUCAGCUAUCAUUCUGGUAUUGUACUUAAAGAUAACUAAGGGCUUUAAGGGAGCAGGAUGGCGCCUUUUGAGAAUUCCUCCAUUUCAUUAUCACCUCCAAUUACGUGGGUUCAGAGAACCAAAUAUUGUAUUAGGUGCAUAUCUUAUAUCAUCUGUUUUGGCUUUGCUUGGCGGCUACGUGGGUCUUGUUUCAGCAUAACAGAGAGUUACAUAUGAAACUCCUCAUUCUAACUUGACCAUAGCAUUUUCUCAUUUUUCUUCUUCAUCCACGGUAUUCACCGCCGGAGCAACGUUCAACUCGAAUGAAAAUGCACGGGUGCUGCGGCACAAACCCACCCACCCCCCCCUCCCCCGGGGGCCAUUGUUCGAGUAAUCCACUCUUAAGUCAGUCACGGACUGACGACCGAUAUCCAAAUUCAACUGCUACUAAAUGAGAAUUAUAAUGAAUAUUUAUUGGGAAAAUUUAUUCUUAUUAAAAUAUUUUUAAAUUCCCCUAGCUGUAGAGUCAUAUUUCAUUUUGCUCUUAACUCUAACGCAUAUAUUCACAACGAAAUGCUAAACAAGAAAAAAGAAUAAAUAAUGAAACGAUAAAUCAUUAAA